AUGGCUCUGUCUGCAAAAACCCCAGGUGAUUCGCAAAAGAGGGUGGUAAUACCCAAUAAGCACGGUGAAAAACUAGUUGGCAUAUUGCAUGAUUCUGGAGCCAAAGAGAUUGUUAUCUUAUGCCACGGUUUUCGAUCCUCUAAAGAAUCCAAUACCAUUGUGAACCUUGCUGCUGCUUUGGAAAAAGCUGGAAUCAGUUCUUUCCGUUUUGACUUUUCUGGAAAUGGGGAAAGUGAUGGUUUGUUUCAGUAUGGUUACUACCGGAGAGAGGCUGAUGAUUUACAUUCUGUGACUCAACAUUUCCGUGGAUUAAACCGUCUGGUGACUGCAAUUGUUGGGCAUAGUAAAGGAGCUGGAGUGGUGCUUCUCUAUGCUUCAAAAUAUAAUGACGUCAAAGCAGUUGUCAAUAUCUCUGGACGCUAUGAUCUGAAGGCAGGAAUUGAAGAACGCCUCGGAAAAGAUUAUAUGGAGAGAAUUAAGGAAGAUGGUUUCAUUGACGUGAAGGGGCCAGGAAGUUCCGGUUACCGCGUGACUCUGGAAAGUUUGCUGGAUCGCUUAGAUACAAAUAUGCAUGAAGCAUGCCUUCAUAUUGAUACAGAAUGCAGGGUCCUUACAGUUCAUGGUUCUUCAGACACAGUUAUAUCUGUUGAAGAUGCAUAUCAGUUCGCUCAGAUUCUACCAAACCACACAUUACAUAUCGAAUACUUAGGUCUUGCACUUCCGAGUCAUUUGAAGUUGCUACCGGAUACAGAUAUUUAUCGGGGAUAUGUCGAUGUUCUACAUCAUUUUUUAAUGAAACUUGUCGCUAAGCUUUGCUCUGGUCCUGCCAUUAUUGACUUCAUGAUUCUUAAAAGUUUCUAUGGUGCAUCCCCGAAGAUCAUGGAAAUUGUAUGGCAUCCUCUUCCAUUGAACUGGCUCAAAUGCGACACAAAUGGUUCAACUGCAAAUAAUGCUAGUACAACUGAAGAACCAGAUGACAAUGGUGAUCGUGCUUCAGCUUCACGUAAUCAAGAUGGACAGCUCCCCAUAACUCAAGAACAAUAUGCCACACUUGUGAACCUUCUUCAACAAUCUAACAUUCAACAAGGUUCAUCUACUGCUACCUCCAAUCAAGUUUACUCAUCUACAGUUACAGGAAAUUUCCUCCCUGAAGAUGAUUGGUUCAGCUGA